AUGUCGACUCGUUGUAUUACCGCUCUUGCUUUUGUAAUCUUAAUCCAUUUUGUGUCAAGAAUAUCUGGCCAUGCUUAUUUUAUUUAUCCAAUUCCUCGAAAUAUUUAUUGUGCAAAUUCAUCAUGUACUUCUAAUGGUACAUUGGGAGCACAAGGACCAGUUUGGACUUUACCAUCCAAUAGUACAUUGUCGAUGACAAGUAUAACAAGCCAGACAACU